UUUUACUAAUAUUAGGUCCGUGAUGAGUUAUGUUUCAGUUUCAGUGUCCCUACAAUGGACAGGAUACUAUUGAACCUCAUUUGUUUUGUCUUGUUGACCAGCGUAAUUUUACCUGGACUAUGCGAAAAUUGUCAAGACACCGAUAACUGCUUGGAAUUUGAAUCAUCACGGAAUAAAUGCAAAGAAUGCAAAUGGCUGUAUGCAGGGGAUUGUUGUGAAAAACAUUGUCCAGAAGGAGCAUUUGACCAGAACAACUGUUCAGAACGUUGCAAAUGUAACGGUGAUAAUUUCGAAAAAGGAUGCGAUAUUACCAGUGGGGCCUGUCGGUGUAAGCCGGGCUGGUCAUCCACAACAUGCGACAGGCGCGACAGUACCAUCACCUUAGAUACAACUAGCGACAGUACCGUUUUAUUAAACACCACAGACAUGACAAAGGAUGUUAACGGCACAGGGAUCAGCGAGGGGAGAGAGGUACCAUUGUCUUCAAUUAUCGCGUCUGUCAUAGGUGUCGCUGUGAUCAUGGCUACAUCAUCAGUCUGCGUGGUAUGCGCUGUCAGGCGAGCACACGGGAACCGGAGUUUCUUUGGUAACGGAACCGAGAGCAGUCAACGAGAUCUUAUAUCGUCCACUCAAACAGCAAAUACAAGUCGAUCAGAAUACAGCUAUAUAGAUGUUCCCGACCCCGUCAGCACCGAAUCACAUGCGCAGAACAAGACAGGGUUGAGUGACCAGCAGGUGCAUGGCGGGACCAGGCCUCGGUGGAACCGUUCAGUGCCGGGAGGAACGUUUGUCUACGACACGGUUACAGAUGAGCUAAUUUUGAUAGACAAAUUAAAGAAAAGUCAAAAAAUGAAAAGAAAACGAACAAUGCGAAUUACGGAAGACACGAGCGUUUCAAGUCAAAGACAUAGCAUUAAUGACAAGUUGAAUGAUAAAAAUAGAAAACGGAAAAGUUCCGGAGACUAUAACGGUCGUUUAGGAACAAGGCAUGGCGACCCUCAUGAAUAUGACAGUUUUAAUGAAUUGGCGAAAAGACAAAAGGCGGGGGUUAGCGACGACGCCGAUUAUAGUCAUUUGGAAACAUCGAGGUCAGGCGCCGGUGAUUUAUAUAACACGUUUGAAGACUUAGUAGAGGAUAGACCGAACGAAAGAGUUAGCCCUGUGUUUGAAUACGCACAUUUAAGUUCGGUAUUUGCGGGAAAAGCCGGCUCUUAUUCGUAUGUAGAUGUUAAACCUAAGUGGUUGUCUGACACUGGAGAUUUCGCGGGUAAUUACCACCAUAUGAAAUUACACAUGUAGCAUUGUGCUAUAUUUCAUCGCAUAUGGUGCCAUUUGGACAUCCUCAAAAUUAUGGAUUCCGCUUUAGAUACACAUAUCUUCUCUGCACUCCUGGGAUAUUCCAUUUCAAAAUCGAAGGCUCUUCACGCGAUACCUGGUGGAUGAUACAAGUCGAUUAGUCUGACGAGCUUUUUUCGAUUUUGUUAUGACAUACUCUAGAGUUGCGGUUGAGCAAAUGAAAGAAUCAAGGGCGGAAACCAAGGAUUUCGAUGAUGAUAGUCAGAUUGUUCCAAUGAUUCACACCGUAAGCUUCCUUUUUGAGAGGCUUAUUCUUGUGUACUGGUCAAACAUAGAUUUACUGAUCGUGACGUCAUUAAAAUUCUGACAUUGAAAUCAUUACGAUAGGAUUCAUUGGCCAAUGCUGCCUGUUAACUGGUUUAUUUGAAUGAAAUAGGUGACGAAUAAGUAUCAGCCAUUUAAAUGAAUAAGGAGAUACGGUUACAUGUAUAAGUAUAAAGCCGAAUGGUGUAUAUAGUUAUUUACUCGUAUUAUUCUAAACAUGACGCUGACAAAAGAGUUAUAACGGGACUUAUUCGAUUUACCUGCAAAGCUCUUCAAUUAAAGGAUAAUCGAAUCUAAUCAGAACGCAGUGCAGGAUUCCUCUCUAACUACAGGCAAACCAACAGAUAAUAGUUAUUUGUACAUACAGUAGCCCCCCCCCCCCACCCUUGAUUUCGUCCAUUAGAUAGCUACCACUGAUCAGGUAAUUCCCUACUGUUAAGCAAUAGUAGAUGAUUAAAGGUCCAGGGUUCGUAUCCUCGUAUGGCCUUGUUAUAUUGUUUUCACUCCCAUCUCUGUUGUUGAUUCUAUUGUUUUUAUCAUGCAUCUUUAUUGAUUAUUUCAUAAUUUAUUUCCGCAAGGCGUGAUGUUCUUUUCAGAAGUAACGCCGGAAAAAAUCAUUUCCAGCCUGAUUCCAUCAAAGUUUAUUAUACUCUGUCUUGAUUGUUUGACAAAAGUUGAUAAUUGAUUUUUUUUGGGAAGGGAAUGGGUCUUAAAAGUUUGUUAUUUUCUUAAAAGAUCGUAUCAAAAUAUCUUUUCGUCUUCACACUAAUGAAAGACUUAUACAUAUCCAAAACCGCAGUCACAUGUUUCUGUUGAAAAUUUAUUCGAAGUUCAUUGACUCAGGGUUGGAAGUUCCGGAUCAUCAACAUACAGAAUUAUAUAGUAUUUAUUUCGCACAUACGUAAUUUUAAUGUAUAGGUCAAUGCAUAGUUCAUAGUACUAUAUCCCACACUGUUAUACUAUAACGUUAAUAGACAUGCAGAUGAUUAUUGUUAAAUCAUAUCAGAUAUAUUUUGAAUGUAAGUAUAUGAGGGGUUUUGUUCUUCAAUUUUUAUUAUUAUAGCCAUUAAACAUUGGGAAAUGUAAACACUAACUGUUCCUUUUGUGUUUUGAUGUGUUAACGCUGUGGUUUUAAUUUUGUUUUGAUGUCUUUUCGCUUUGGUUUAUAAUUGUUUUAUCAUAUUGUUUUAUCACAUUGUUUUAUCACUGUUUUAUCACAUUGUUUUGGCUCUCGGCUUGGGUCGAGGACCCUUAGCAACACUGGAUAUCAGAACUCAGAUUGUGUAGCAAUGUUUCCGACAAAACAAAUGUGUGGAGAAUUGGAACACAAACUUUUGAAAAUUUCUUACUGGAAUCUUACCCCAUUUCACUGAUCAAAACUGCUAUAUUAAAUCUAGUUAAUUGCAGCUGAUAACCGGAGAGGGGAUUAAAUAAGGAGAGGUAAAACAGUUAACAAAACUGUAAUGUAAUUAUAAAAACACCGCCGAACACUAGCAGAUGACCCGUAUUGAUAACUCCUCUUAGAAGGAUUGGUUAUUAACUGUUUUAAGAAUAAUAACGACGUAAAUAAAUGCUUUAUCUAGUCUAGAAAGCUUAAUUGGUAAGCGAAUGCUAUGACUAUUACUUACCGACGUUAACAUCGAAAGGAACGAAAACAAUAUGCGGUCUAACGCCGGUCUCCUGGUCAUAACGUCGUUAUCAGUUUCAUAGUUUCCAUUCAGGUUACAAGUCCAGUUUCUUUUUUAUUGCACUGCACUAUAUUUUUCUAAUUUAACAAAAGUCCGUACAGAUAAAUUUGUGAUAUGGUGUUGAUCAAAGAAGUCAUGAAAUCUAUAUGUGUAAUUUUUAAUUUAUUUGAAGUUUAUUCAUGAAACACUACAAACUUGUUAGAAUAAAAAUACUGUGCAGAAUAACAACAGGAACCUACACAUUGCGCCCAGAGCUUAGUGGCAAUUGGUCUCUUGCUAUUUCUUUAUUGCUGUGUGAUGUUUUAUAGGUCUCGUUUCUAAUGACAACACCAUAUCAACAUACCUGCAUCGGUCGGUCUUAGACAAAGAGACUGAUUUGCUAAACACGUAAGACGUUAUAAUACACAUGUUUAGAAUAAGGAUGAGGUAUGUAAAGUGUUAAGAAGUCAAAUAUUUUAACAGAUGUUUUAUAAAGAUUAAAUAUCUCAAAACAUAUUUCUCUGAUCCCUGUUUAAGUCAGUUACGCAUGCUAAUAAUAUAGAAAAUUAUUUUCUUGAUCAUUUAAAAAUUGAGCAAUUAAAAUGACUCGGGAUCAACACAGAACAGGAAGAUCUGCACCAUUGUUCAUAUCUGGUACACACCGUACACACCAGAUAAUGCAAUUCACGGCCUGAAUAUUAAAAUCUGUAUGAUAUGCUAAAUACAUUCUAUUUGUCCAGGAAGGAUAUCUGCCCGAGUCGUAUCUUGCUGUACUCGGUUUCUAUAAUAAACCAUAACAACAUCAAUAACGGUUUCAUUGUGGUGAUGGUGCUUCUCGGUGUUUUUUUUAUCCUUUCGCAAUUGGUCUGCAAAAAAAUAUUGCAUUAUGGGUGGAUUGGUCGAGUGGUUAGAAACCCGACCUGCCACGCUGGCGGCUGGGGUUUGAUCUCCGAAGUCGUCAUACGCAGGGAAUAUUCAGAGAAAGUGUUUUUCUCCUACACACACAACUCCAACAACACAGGUGGAGUAUAAAAUAGUCUGGCGUGGAUGUUGCGGUAUUUGUGCUGUAGCAUUCAAUUGAGAUGAUAACGUUGGAAGCAUGGUCCAACUACAAACAGAACAUAAUAAAUCUCCAGCACACACGCAGGCAUACACACAAAGGGGAAUAUUAGCCAGAUGGCAUAGGACCAGUAGUUCGCGCCUGCGAUUUCCUCAAAAUUGUAUUGAUUAAUGUAUAUGCUUAUUGUAU